AUGGAGCAUCCACGGGGACCCGGGAAGCCUCUGUCAGGGAGGAGAGCCAGGUCUCUGGAGAGGUCACAGAGCCCCAAGAAGUACCGCAGGUGCUUCUCCCUGCCCACCACGCCCUCCAGGAGGAUGCUUCACCGGACAGCCAGCGAUGGGACCAGAUGUCCCCAGAGCCCAGCUCAGUCUGUGGAGGCCCAGGAUGCCACGGCCAUAGCCCUCAGCCUGGAGGAGACCAGGGAGUUUCUCCCCGGUGACCAGAGGCUUCCACAGGACACCAAGAAGGACAAGGCCCAGAGACGGGGCCAGCAGGGCUGGCUGAAGACCUUGAUGAACCUCUUCCUGAGGACAGGCCCUGAAGAGCCCAAGGAAAAGGCCGGCCGGAAGGCAAAGGGGAAGGAGGGCCUCCCCAAGCCCGCGGAAACCCCGGAGGCACCGGGGGACACAGCUCCGAGGAAGAAAGCCCACGACAGGAAGGCCAGCCGCAAGAAACACGGUCACAAGAAGCACGUUGUUGAGGAAACCAAGGGGGCCCAAGAUCAGGAAGCCGAAGGCCAAGAGACAGGGCUGCCCAAGAUGGCUGCCACCCCACGCUCUGAGGAAGCUGACGUGGGGGGCCCAGCACCCAACGGUGGGGAAGGUUCUGAUCUCCACCCGUCCUUGCUCAUUGAAGAUGGGGGUCCUGGAGUGUCAGAGGUUGCUUCUCAAGCCACAGGUCAUCGGCGGGAAGAGGAUCUCAAAAAGCUUGACCAGGAUAGUGUCAUCAAGAGGAUAGUGGAAUUCCUCCAAAAAGUGGGAGACCAGUGGGAGCAAGAGCAGCUUCAAGCGCCUCAGCCAGAGGUGGUCCCAUACACUGCAGUGCCGGCUGACAGGAAGAAAUCCCAAGAGAAAAAGUCGAGCCUCAAGAGAGCCUUUUCUUAUAGGAAAUAUGGCCCCGAGGAGCCUAAGAGAGCAGGGCCUGCAGACGUUUCCAGCCCGGAGUCCCGGGCCCCCAAGAGGCCCAGCUUUCUUCCCCUGUGUGUGGGGGGCCAUCAGCCCUCCACCUCCAGCAGCCCUGACUCGGAGGAGCCCAACGUGCAAGAGGUCCUGCCUACAGACAGCGGGGGUCUGAGUCCCUUCGAGCUUUCCACCCCAGCCGGAAGCCAGGGACCCGAAGAGGACUUGCGGACGAACAGAGCCUUGGAAUUCAAAGAAUUCAUCCAGAAGAUCAUUGCCCUACUCCAGGAUGCCGAGGAGCCGGGGGGAGAGCAGCUUCACGUCCAGGAACCAGAGGUGACUGUAGAAAACCUGUCCCCGCCCUCCCGAAGGAGACCCCAAGAGAAGAAGUCUAGCAUCAGAAAAGCCUUUUCUCAUAAGAGACAUGGCCCCAAGGAGCCCAGGAGAGCAGGGCCAGCAGGUGUUGUCAGCCCCGAGUCCCGGCCGCCCAAGAGGCCCAGCUUUCUGCCCCUGUGUGUGGGGGGCCAUCAACCCUCCACCUCCAGCAGCCCUGACCUGGAAGAUGUGGAGUUCCAGGAGCCCUCGCCUGCAGAGGGGACGCCUGUGGGCUCCUCAGACGCACCCUCCCAGACCAGAAGCCACCAGCCAGAGAGGGGACCUCAGCCAGAUGAAGUGUUCGAAUCUAAGGAGCUGAUCAUCCAGAAUCUGGUGGCCCUUCUCCAGGAAGUGGAUGGCCAGCUGGGGGAGCAGAUCAGGCGACACCCCAGCUUCAAGAGGUUCUUCUACAAGCUCUCGGACUCCUCCCUCAGGAAGCUGGGAGCCACCCUACAGAGCCAGAGGGCCCGCUCUGCCGAGCCGGGCAAGAGACCCUACCAGUUUGCCUUUGGCUUGACUAACAAAUUUCCCGGCAACAACAGCCACGCGGUCUUGAGGGUCAUGGGCCUGCACUACAGUGAACACAGUUAUACCCACUUCCAGUACAGGGAGGCACAGCAGAACAUCACAAAUCCUGACAGCCAGAGUCCAGAUUAA